AUGGAAUUAGAUUUGUCCUCCAAUACAUUGAGUGGAACAAUUCCACUUGAGAUUUCAAACAUGAGGGCACUUACACUCUUGAAUUUAUCAAGAAAUCAAAUUUCAGGAAACAUCCCUGAAUCUAUGGGUGGCUUGAAGACUUUGUUGAACCUAUCUUUGGCUCACAACAAAUUCCAGGGGCCUAUUCCUAAAUCACUUGGUGGCAUGAUAAGUAUUGAGUUCUUGGAUCUUUCUCAAAAUUAUUUGUCUGGUGUGAUUCCAAAGUCCUUAGAGUCUCUUGUCUAUAUGAAAUUGAAUAUAAUGAUUGAUGUGGCUUCAGCACUAGAAUAUCUUCAUAGUGGUUCCUCUACACCAGUGGUUCAUUGUGAUGUGAAGCCAAGCAAUGUUUUAUUGGAUGAAAAUAUGGUGGCACAUCUCAGUGAUUUUGGUAUUGCCAAAUUAUUAGGUGACACAGAAUCAGAAAUUUACACCAAGACUUUGGCUACAAUUGGCUAUAUGGCACCAGAGUAUGGAUCAAAAGGAGCUAUUUCUAGUAAAGGAGAUGUGUAUAGUUAUGGCAUUUUGCUCAUGGAAAUGCUGACGAGGAAAAAUCCAACAGAUGACCUGUUUAAUGAAAGUCUAAGUUUGAAGGAUUGGGUUAGCAAAUCAACUCCUCAUUCAAUAAUCAACAUUUUAGAUGUCAUUUGCUGCAAGGAGACAAUCAAAAUAUUGGCAAAAUAUUGUCACAUGUGUCAUCAAUAUUGA